AUGACUCUGGUUGAUAGUUUAUAUGGAAUCUGUCGAAAAAAAGGACAUAACAGAAACUCAUGCCUAAGACGAUUUAGUAUCAAUACAGCAUUUUACAAUGAUGGUGAUAUGGUAUUAAAUAGAAUGAGAAAAACUUUAGUACCCUGGCAAUCACAUAAAAUCGUUAGAAACAGACCUUCCGAAGGAAGAUCAUAUACAUAUUGUAGUGCAUUAGAUCAUAAUAGAAGAAAAUCUGGAAUCAGAGCUGCAGCAAAAAAAUAUUUUGAAGCACUGUAUUAUCCCUUACGAAUGUGUGGUUGGUGUGGUGUCAUCGGUCAUAAUAGAAAAAGUUGUCCUCUUCAUAAAGCUAGAGAAGCUGGGAUAGAUGAAGGUCAUAAAAGAGCAUUAAUACAGG